AUAAACAUCCCGACCACGAGAAAGAAUAAAGAAUAUUGUGAAGAUCCGCUUUCAGCUGUAUGUGUGUUCCUGACGAGCUAAAUAGUGGCAGGUUCAGGUUGAGCACUUAGGUGUAUGAUCCUUUGAAAAGGAUUGGAAAACUUUGACUUCACAUGAUAUUGGCCCCAGGAUGGCAGAAUCAAAUCCACAGACACGGGAACAAGAGGACCAUACAUCAACAGUCGCCAAGCAUUACAAUGAGUUACAGGAAUCCGGCCUUGAGAAGAGAAAAGAAAGCCGGAUAUUUCAUCUCAGAAAUUUUAAUAACUGGAUAAAAAGUGUCUUAAUAGGGGAAACUGUCCAGAUGGUACGUCAACAAAGCCGUGACUAUAAGGACCUGGCUGUACUCGACAUGUGCUGUGGAAAAGGUGGCGAUCUUCUCAAGUGGAAAAAGGGACAGAUAUCGAAAUUAGUGUGUGCAGACAUAGCCGAAACAUCUGUGGAGCAAUGCGAGAGUCGCUAUCAGGAAAUGGUUGACCGUGGUCGCAAUGACCGAGGCCCCAACCGAAUCUUCUCUGCAGAGUUUAUAGCAGCAGAUUGCACCAAAAAGAGACUCAAAGACACCUACAAAGACAGCAACAUGACCUUUGACAUUACAAGUUGCCAGUUUUCCUUCCACUACUGUUUUGAGAGCUAUCCCCAGGCAAAACUUAUGCUUCAAAAUGCCUGCGAAAGUUUAAAACUUGGAGGCUACUUUAUUGGAACAACCCCAGACUCAUACGAAAUUAUGCGGAGAAUGCGUGACUCCCCAGACCGUCGUGCAGGCAAUGACGUGUACAGUGUGAGUUUCUGUUCAGAGGACCUAGACAACAUUCCCUUGUUUGGGGCUAAAUAUGACUUCCACUUGGAGGGUGUGGUGGACUGUCCGGAGUUCCUCGUAUACUUUCCAGUGCUUGAGAAAAUGGCAGAGGACUUUGGUAUGAAGUUGGUGUACAGAAAGCCGUUUGAUGAAUACUUCGCAGAGAAGUCAGAGAUUGGUGAACACAGGGGUUUGUUGGGGAGAAUGUCAGCUUUAGAAACAUACCAGAGUCUAAAAAUGGUAGGAACUAGUCCAGAGGACUACAAGGACACAGAGAUCUGCCUUAACAAGCUGAAGGAGGAGGACACUCGUCCAGAGGACCUCAAACGACAUCGCCCUGUCAGAGUGGGGACAUUGUCACAAGCCGAGUGGGAUGCCUCUACUAUAUAUCUAGCAUUUGCUUUCCAAAAAGUGAAAGAUGUAAAUACUGGAAAAUUAUGGACUGAACCGGAUUUGGAGAAAAGGUCCAAUAAGCGACGGAGUGACCAGUUCACAGAGUCUUCAGAACCACAACAGAAAGAACAAAAAACAUCGUAAGAAUGAGGUUGACAUGGAAUUCGGACGGAGUGUACCUGGUCCUAAUACAGACAUGGUGAUCGUCCUGUAGGUCAAUAACAUGAAUUCAGACCACAUGCUGUAAAUCUGGCUUCAUUACAGAGUGUAUGUGAAUCUGAGUGGACACUUAUAUGAUGACCAGUAUUGGAUUUACAAUGUCACCUUCAUCAGGCAAAUCACAACUGAGUCAUAUAUAAACAGAGGCCUGGAAGAAAUUGUUAAAUUGUUAUCUUAUAAGUGACAGGUCUUUUUGGUUGUAACAUAAAUACACUGAUGUGGUAAAUAGUCAAUUCAUUUACAUUAUAUAUAUACAACAAAUGUAUGUCUAUAUGCCAACUCUUCCCAAUUUUGUAUAAGUUUAACGUUGAGAGUUAUUCAUAGAAUGAGAGAAAUUCAUGGUACUGGUUGUAUACACUUAAAUAAAGAUCAAGAAUGACUAUAAUAACUUAUCAACCAAAAUGUUUAGGAAAGUUUGAUACAUUAUAAAUUGAUCCAAUGUUUCUAUGUUCAAUGGUACUAUACGUUAAUAAGGAAGAUAAUUUAUGUCAAAAGUUAUGAUUUAAAGAGGCAUUCCUUUGUUGGCACAUUAGAAACAUGCACAAUUUCUGUUGAUGAAAUCUAUGCCCGAACGAUAAUUAUAUGAGUGCUUGUGCCUACUAGUAAUGAAACUAAUGCUGAAAUGUACAGGAAAAAGGUGUAUUGUAUACAAAUACCGUAUGACUUGGUGGUAAUUAGUGAUACUUCGGAUCGAAUUAAGAAUUCUCAGGACUUAAUACUCGAAGAACUUUGAUUUAUCUCGAGAGUAAAACUGCCGUAUUUAUGUAAAGAUUAUAACUUUUACUACUUGGAAAAAAUAUAUAUUUUCCAGUAAGUUUAAUUUUGACGACCUAAACUUUCUUCAAACGAAGGAAUGCCUCUUUAAGACAUGGACAAAAGACGCAGUCAUAGUGAUGGUUAUGUAAGCGUUUACAAUAAGGCUGACUUCAAUAAACAUUUAGUGAGUCACUACUUGACAGGGACGAUGGUCUAACUUUAUAGAUCAAACUCACUUUGAUAACAUUUUAAAUAUGCUUAUGUAGAGAAACAGGAAAUUACAUAGCACAUGUCUUAUUGACUAUGGCUCAACCAAAAGGGUUUACUUUGGUCUGAUCACACAAUCUAGAUGUCUGCGUCACCAUUUGGAAGCACAGUGAUUGGAUGAUUGGUUUAUCAGCAUGUAUAAUCACAUUAGAUGGAACAGCCCUGACUAUAGUUAUUAAUUUGAUGAUCAAACUUGCCCAGGUACUACAUGAUAUAUACAGGCUAUAUUCAGUUCCCUUUGACUUUUGGUUUUGAAAAUAAAAUGGGUUUAACAUGUAUUCAAGACCAUUUAACAGGAAAACUUUCAGACUGAUAUCACGACCCACAAAGAUAGUUUGUUAUCAGUAUAUAUAUCAUUUUAAAACUUCAUAGUAAGGCCAUCGGACCCGAAGGGUCUGCCAUCUGUAAACAUUUCACAUUUCAAACUUCACCUCAGGUUCCACUUAUGUGAUUCAGCUCAAACUUGCUUAAUGAUCCUGAGAUAGUCCUGACCAAGUGUUAUUUUAUCGGUCGGUGCGAAAUCCAAUAUGAACGUCAUGAGAGCCAUCUUGAAAAACAUAUUUUAAACUUGGUGCCAUUGAGCUAAAAAUUGGUAGGAAUGUUAAGGAAGAGGAGCCAACAAAGUGUUGUUAUUUUUCGGCCUCGUAAAAACUUUGUCAUGGCUGUUAUGAUGGCCAUUUUUCAAUAUGAAUUUCCAAUCAUGGUUUUCCUGAACAACCUCUAUUCUAAACUUCUUCUCAAGUUCCAACAGUGGCAUUCAGCUCGAAUUACCUGAGAUGAUCCUGACCAAGUAUUGUUAUUUUCCACAGUCGGUCUGAAAUCUAAGAUGGCCACCAUGGUCAACAAUACCACUAUACUUGCUACUGAGUAUGUAUACUACAAUAGUACAAGAGUCUUUAUAGUGUCAGAUGAACGUUCAGGCCCAUGGGCCUCUUGUUACUGUAAAUUGUCAAACAAUUGUUCCUUAUUUUCAAAACCUGAAACCGUAUAAUACAGAACUGACCCUAGUAUUAAUGGGAAUGUGUGUGGUAUGGGAGAAUGUUGCUGAUGAGAAAGUGAAAAUUUACUCAUGUAAGAUGGAAAGGAUUUGAAAUAUUUGAAUGUGAAUCUUGCAUUGUUAUACAUGUACAGUGUACUAUGAUGUACAUUUGCCAUAAUACAAAAUAUGUGUUCAUUAGCAUUGCCCUUAUCAAGGGAAGUUUUGAAUUUUAAUCAAUAUUGAUGAGAUUUAAUCCAAAAUUACAAGUUUGAAUGGCAUUGUGAAUCUGACAUUGGAGAUAAUUUUCCUUGAGGAAAAUAAAAGAGAACUUUGAAUAAGAAGUACCAAACA